UACUCUUUGCAGGGAGAUCGAGAUCUGUGCCUCUCUCUCUCUCUCCCUAUAUAUAUGAUACUGAGCAAAUUCUUUUCUCAGUCAGUCGUGGGUGCACAUAAAAGUGAUAAAAAAAUGGCGGAGAAGAAGGGAAUUACGUCGACGAUGGGGUGGUAUGCCGUCGUUUUGGUCCUAGUGCGCUCCGCCAUUCCGGUGAGAUCUGAUGCAUCGGAUCAUAGGUACAAAGUUGGAGACCCUGUGCCCCUUUAUGCUAAUAAGGUUGGACCUUUUCACAACCCCAGCGAAACAUACCGCUACUUGGAUCUUCCUUUCUGCACCCCAGCUCACAUGAAAGAGAAGAAGGAAGCUCUUGGGGAAGUGUUGAAUGGAGAUCGUCUUGUAAGUGCCCCAUAUAAACUUGACUUUUUGCAAGAUAAAGAUUCUGAAAUUGUUUGCAAAAAGACGUUAACCAAGGAAGAAGCUGCGCAAUUCCGAAAGGCAGUGGCAAAAGACUAUUAUUUUCAAAUGUAUUAUGAUGACUUGCCCAUUUGGGGUUUCUUGGGGAAAGUGGACAGGGAAGGAAAAUCUGACCCCAGCGAGUACAGAUAUUAUAUAUUCAAACAUCUCCAUUUUGAGAUCUUUUACAAUAAGGAUCGUGUCAUUGAGAUUAAUGCACGAACUGACCCCAGUGCCCUUGUAGACCUUACUGAGGAUAAGGAAGUUGAUGUGGAGUUCAUGUACUCUGUGAAGUGGAAGGAAACAAACACUCCUUUUGAGAAGAGGAUGGAAAAGUACUCACAGUCCUCUUCAUUACCUCAUCACUUGGAAAUCCAUUGGUUCUCUAUAAUCAACUCUUGUGUGACAGUUCUUCUUCUAACUGGUUUUCUGGCCACUAUUCUUAUGCGAGUUCUUAAGAAUGAUUUUGUCAAGUAUGCUCAUGACGAGGAGACAGCUGAUGACCAAGAAGAAACUGGGUGGAAAUUUAUUAAUGGUGAUGUAUUCAGGUAUCCAAAGUACAAAUCCUUAUUUGCCGCUGCCCUUGGUUCUGGUACCCAGUUAUUUACCCUCACAGUAUUUAUUUUUAUCCUUGCACUAGUUGGUGUAUUUUAUCCGUAUAACCGUGGAGCUCUAUUCACUGCACUGGUUGUCAUUUAUGCUCUUACAUCUGGUAUUGCUGGCUAUACUGCAGCCUCUUUCUAUUGCCAACUAGAAGGAACAAACUGGGUUCGGAAUUUAUUAUUGACUGGAAGUCUAUUUUGCGGACCACUAUUUCUUACAUUCUGCUUCCUUAAUACUGUUGCCAUUGCUUACACUGCCACUGCAGCACUGCCAUUCGGGACCAUUGUGGUUAUCUUUCUUAUUUGGGCCCUCGUGACAUCACCUUUGUUAAUCAUGGGCGGGAUUGCAGGAAAGAAUAGCAAGGCAGAGUUUCAAGCUCCAUGCCGCACCACAAAAUACCCCCGAGAGAUCCCAACCUUACCUUGGUACCGUGGAACUUUGCCUCAGAUGGCAAUGGCUGGAUUCUUGCCUUUCAGCGCCAUUUACAUCGAACUUUACUACAUAUUUGCUAGCGUAUGGGGCCAUAGGAUCUAUACCAUUUACAGCAUCUUAUUUAUAGUCUUCAUCAUCCUCUUGAUCGUUACUGCUUUUAUUACCGUGGCAUUGACGUACUUCCAGCUUGCCGCUGAAGACCAUGAAUGGUGGUGGAGGUCGUUCCUUUGCGGUGGAUCAACUGGGCUGUUCAUCUAUGCCUACUGUUUGUAUUACUAUUAUGCACGAUCAGAUAUGUCGGGCUUCAUGCAAACCUCAUUCUUCUUCGGAUACAUGGCUUGCAUUUGCUAUGGUUUCUUUCUCAUGCUCGGCACAGUUGGCUUCCGAGCGGCGCUCUUUUUCGUCCGUCACAUAUACCGCUCGAUUAAGUGCGAGUAGCAACUUGGUUUGUAGCUUUCAAUGCUCUACAAGUAUGGCAAGUCAAAACAGGACUUCUCAAUGGAGAGAUUGACCGAUCUUACCAUGGUACAGACGAAGAAUUUAUUUUGUUACUUCUAGUUUUAGAGUUUUCAAUAUUCUGGCUUUUGUCGUUGAAACCUCCAGAUUGUAGAAUGGGCAGAGAUGAAGGUUGCCUUUCUCGUUAUAUGUUUAUAUUCUCCUUUUUUUUCUUUUUUUCUUUUCCCUUUUUUUGCAGAGUGUUAUUGACACUUGAGUACCAUCUUUUUUUCGUCCAUAGUUUAGAGUCACUGCCCCGUUUAGUUUCACUGUUUUAAUCCUUUGUACAAUGGAAAAUUAUUACUGUCUCAAUAACAGAUCUAUUGUCCAGAGGCA